UUAUUUUACACAAAACUUUAGUAUACAGAUAUUUUCACUUCCUUUUAGUGAAAAUUUGGCCAUGUGAUGAAGUCCAUCAUAAACUUCGACAUCAAAAAGAUCAUGAUAUAAGCAAAACUAAUCCGCAUACUUCUCUUUAUGAUGGACUAGUAUACAUGUAAAAAUGAAAGCCAGCUGGUGGAUUUUAUUUCUUUGUGUUGUUGUACAUGAGAUGGAAGUAUGUACACAAACAGAUAUACUCCCUAGCAGCGCAGGUAUUGUUCCUACACCAACAGAACAAACAAUGGCAGAUUUAUCAUUUAAUAAUAGCCCAAUUGCAUAUCAGACACAAUCUAUUUUAAGUACUGACUUUUCAACUUUGAAAACACAGAUAUUUUCACCUGGUAUAAAUGUGACAUCGUCCAGUAUUGUAGAUGCUAAUACAACAUUGACUUCCGUUGUGCCAUUUGUGUCUACUUCUUAUGUUUCUACAUUGCUGGCAUCUGCUACGCUCGAUAUAUUUCUAACAGACAGUGAAAAGACAAGUAUAGCAGAAUCGAUAAAAAGUAUUGCUAGUGAUCAACUUUCGGUAGAGACAAGCGAGUCCAUAGUUCAAACUGAAUUAACUUUUAUUACAAGUAGUACCGCAAAAUUUGAAUCAACAUUGUUGGAAUUCGUAAAUAACACGGACAACAUAAGCAGCGAAUUUUUCAGUAGUGUGUAUAAAACAUAUUCUCAACUUGACUUUAUACAGACAAACUCGUCGCUUAGCUUGCCGACAAACGCUGACGAGAACUUUCUGUCUGUACCUACAAUCACAGAGACAGUUCUGUCAACUCGACCUGAAUCAACAUAUGACAUAGAGAUAACGAAGAUUUUUGGUAAAGGAAGUACUUAUAGCAGUGAAGAUAUUUCAACACCUUUAAACUUUCAUUUAUUAACCACGAGUAUGGCGGAAAUGUCUGCAUUAAGUAAUUAUUCCUUUAACACACCUGACCUGGCAAGUAGUGUUUCUAAAAUUAGUAGUUCGUAUACCGACAGUGUCUUAUCAACACAAUUAACGUCUAAUCAAUCAUUUAAUUCAGCGGGAACUUUUACAUUGAAAACUACCAACGUCUUGUCAAGUUCAAGUUCGGAUGGACGGCUAAGCUCAUCGCCUCUGUCCACAUUAAUUGCGACUAGCAUGGAUAAAAUAGGACUUAAUGCAAGUUCGUCACUUGUAAUGGAUAAAACAACAGCUAUAGCUUAUUCGUCAAGUGAAAUUUAUAGUUCAACUUUAAAUGGAAUACAAUCGGAUCAGAUAACACCGAAAUCUGACUUAGUUUUAUCUUCCUUUUCGAGUACUUACGAUUCACCUGUAAUUUCAACACUGAAAAACAAUUUGGGGACAUCUUCAUAUGAAACAUUUAUCCACACGAGUGAACAAUCAUAUACAUUUUCAAGUACAAUUAUACGAUCAGAUAUCGAUGGAAUAAAAAGGACUAUUUCCUCAUCUGUGGGCUCGAUCGUCCCAACCACGCCUCAUGAUACAGGUGUUACUUCCGCAUUCAGUAAGAUGCCUUCAUCUACCGCAACCGCGGAGGAUUUUCGACCAGCAGAACUACAGACACAAAUAGACGAUCUAAACGAGACAGUUAAUGGAUACAAAAUCGCCGUGGUAGUACUUGCACUGAUCAUAGUACUUUUAAUAACAUUAAUUGUUCUGUAUAUCAUAAGACGGAGGAGAUAUUAUCAAAGAAAACUAUCAGUUCCUCCAGGGAUGGACGAGGAUUUGUUGAAAAACGAUGGGACGAAGAUGAGACAGCACAACAGAACGUAUUUUGAUACUGCGCAGACAGGCGAAUUGCGUAUAAGUGGUAGAAUGAGCACAGCUUCACUAGAAAAUAAAGACAGUGAACCACUUAGUUUGUUAGAGUCAUUUAACAAAUCUAGGAACCAAACAUUACUAGAAUCAGCCACAGAAAAUGGAGAUAACAAAAACAAAAUUGAUAAUAUAAAAGAUGAGGAAUUGUAAUAUUUCUACUAGUUAUCUCAUGGAAAAACAUUUCAACAUGUUAACUAAAAGUGGUUUUGAUUGGAUAACGCCGUCUGCUGUCAAUUUCACGUCAUUUCCGGAUAUUUAAAAUGUUUAUAUGGAACAAUUUACUGAAUUUGUAUUCGAAAAAGGAAUGAUAGUAGUUGUGUUUG